CCAAUACCAAAUUCUACAGGCCACUUCCCUCAGAUCCCACUGAGGAAUACACUAAGAAACUACAGCAUCUACUCAGGACACUCCCUACACUAACACCAGAAGAAAUCAACAUACCCCUAGAGCCCCGACCAGGGUUAUUCUAUCUACUACCCAAGAUCCACAAACCCGGAAAUCCUGGACGCCCCAUCAUCUCGGGCAUUGGCACUCUCACUGAAGGACUGUCUGGAUAUAUGGACUCUCUACUCAGACCCUAUGCCACCAGCACUCCCAGCUAUCUCCGUGACACCACUGAUUUCCUGAGGAAACUACAGUGCAUUGGUGACCUCCCAGAAAACACCAUCCUAGCCACCAUGGAUGUAGAGGCUCUCUACACAAACAUCCCACACACAGAUGGAAUACAAGCUGUCAGGAACACUAUCCCUGAUGAUGCCACAGCACAACUGGCUGCUGAGCUCUGUGCCUUUAUCCUCACACACAACUAUUUCAAAUUUGAUGACAAUAUAUAUCUCCAGAUCAGUGGCACUGCUAUGGGCACCCGCAUGGCCCCACAAUAUGCCAAUAUCUUCAUGGCCGACCUGGAACAACGCUUCCUCAGCUCUCGUCCACUCACACCCCUUCUCUAUCUACGCUACAUUGAUGACAUCUUCAUCAUCUGGACCCAUGGGAAGGAGACUCUGGAAAAAUUCCACCAUGAUUUCAACAGCUUCCACCCCACCAUCAACCUCAGCCUGGACCAAUCUACACGGGAGGUCCACUUUCUUGACACCACGGUGCAAAUAAGUGAUGGUCACAUUAACACCACCCUAUAUCGAAAACCCACCAACCGCUAUGCCUACCUUCAUGCCUCCAGCUUCCAUCCCGGGCACAUCACACGAUCCAUUGUCUACAGCCAAGCACUGAGGUACAACCGCAUCUGCUCUGACCCCUCAGACAGAGACCAACACCUACAAAAUCUCCACCAAGCAUUCUCAAAACUACAAUACCCACACGAGGAAAUAAGGAAACAGAUCAACAGAGCCAGACGUGUACCCAGAAGCCUCCUACUGCAAGACAAACCCAAGAGAGAAACCAACAGGACUCCACUGGCCAUCACAUACAGCCCCCAGCUAAAACCCCUCCAACGCAUCAUCAAGGAUCUACAACCCAUCCUGGACAAUGAUCCCACACUUUCACAGGCCUUGGGUGGCAGGCCAAUCCUUGCCCACAGACAACCUGCCAACCUGAAACAUAUUCUCACCAGUAACUGCACACCACACCACAAUAACUCUAGCUCAGGAACCAGUCCAUGCAACAAACCUCGAUGCCAACUCUGCCCACAUAUCUACACCAGCGACACCAUCACAGGACCUAACCAGAUCAGCCACACCAUCACUGGUUCAUUCACCUGCACAUCCACCAAUGUAAUAUACGCCAUCAUAUGCCAGCAAUGCCCCUCUGCUAUGUACAUCGGCCAAACUGGACAGUCUCUACGGAAAAGGAUAAAUGGACACAAAUCAGACAUUAGGAAUGGCAAUAUACAAAAACCUGUAGGAGAGCACUUCAACCUCCCUGGCCACACUAUAGCAGACCUUAAGGUGGCCAUCCUGCAGCAAAAAAACUUCAGGACCAGACUUCAAAGAGAAACUGCUGAGCUUCAGUUCAUCUGCAAAUUUGACACCAUCAGCUCAGGAUUGAACAAAGACUGUGAAUGGCUUGCCAAUUACAGAACCAGUUUCUCCUCUCUUGGUUUUCACACCUCAACUGCUAGAACAGGGCCUCAUCCUCCCUGAUUGAACUGACCUCGUUAUCUCUAGCUUGCUUGCUAGCACACAUAUAUAUACCUGCCCCUGGAUAUUUCCAUUACAUGCAUCUGAGGAAGUGGGUAUUCACCCACGAAAGCUCAUGCUCCAAAACGUCUGUUAGUCUAUAAGGUGCCGCAGGAUUCUU